ACGGUCACGUGGAUGUUACCUCACACGCCCUUGUCCCCCGCAGGGUCUCCCGUGUCCCCCGCUGAGGAGGGGGAGGAGGAGGGCGGCACGGGGCCGCCGCCGUGCAAGAAGCAGCGCAAGGCCCGCACGGCCUUCACCGACCACCAGCUGCAGACGCUGGAGAAGAGCUUCGAGCGGCAGAAGUACCUGAGUGUGCAGGACCGCAUGGAGCUGGCGGCCAAGCUCAACCUGACCGACACGCAGGUCAAGACCUGGUACCAGAACAGACGAACCAAGUGGAAGCGACAAACAGCGGUGGGUCUCGAACUGCUGACGGAGGCCGGGAACUACGCGGCGCUGCAGAGGCUAUACGCUCACUCCUACUGGCCCUCCGCCCCCGCCCUGGCCCAGCUGACUCCCUCACUCCCUGCAGGUCUCGAGGCUUACUACAGACAGGCGGUGGCGGCCCUCAGCCAGCGACCCCCCACCGCAGCCCCUCCAAGACCCUUCCUCCCCGCCGCCCUCACCCAGGCCUCCCCUCUCUCCCCUCUCUCUCAGCCCCUGUCCUCACUCUCCCAGGCGCAACUCUCCUCGCUCUCCUCACACUACUACUCGACUCUCUCCUCCUUGUCCUCCUCCACGGGGUCCUCGCUGAGUCCCCGGGGUGCCCAGUCGCCUCCCGCCCCGGCCACGUCACCGACAAGGUCUUCCGCCCACACGCCGCCCAGCCCGCCCUCGCCCCCCGCCCACCACGACCAGACGCAGGAGCCGUGAGGGGGAAGGUGUUGGCCAAAAGUACACCCUUGCGGUUUGUUCCUCCGCCUCACUCUAAGUUAUUGGGAGUCUUUGCGGUCGUUGCGGUCAAUCCGUGGCCUCUGUGACCCGCCUGUGUACCCUCUAUGGCAACCUGACCCUCGGUGACUCUUCUGAAGGUCAAGGGUGUUCGUCAGACUCACCCUAAGGUACUAUGACUCUUUGUGACCCUCCUGAGUACUCUUUGCGGUGACCUGACCCUCCAGUGACAAUGAAAAAUAACUCACGGUGCAGCCUCAGAAAGCGGCACACCUUCACUUAAGACUUGAGGUGACAAAAGUGUUUCUCAAUGGACGGACGUGAGGCAGUGAAGUGAUGAUCUUGUCCUGCCCCUGAUCAUGUCCUUGUCCUAUCAGAAGCUCCAUCAAGUGACAUGGCGCUGAGAUCAGGCUAGGUCACGUCAAGAGGGGUCAAAUGUGUCCAGACCUCAAGUGAAGACAUUGCUGAACUUGACCUAUGACGCGCCCUGCAAUAUCAGUACCAGGUCAGGUCGGGUCACGUCUAGAAGGGUCAUGUGUGUGAACUCCAUGAAAAUAUUACUGAUUAUAUAAACACAAACCGGGCACAUGAAUGAUCUAUAUAGUCUGUUCACGUUAACCUUGGAAAUAAGCCCCUCCCCUUUCUCAUUAAACUCAUAUAAUUGGUCGGUCCUCACGCAAGCCACGCCCACUAUCCAAAUUAGGCUGCACGUGAUAGAUGAAUGCUGGGAAAGUUAGGAAAUACCUCUCCCCUUUUCUCAUUGGUCAGUUCUCAUGCAAACCACGCCCACUCUCAACUCAGGCUGCGUGUGAUUGGUGGGUGCUGGGUAAAAGUUAAAUCCCAGGGUUAGAAUGGGCGGGGCUUACCUUCGAUGCUAACGUGAACAGGGAAUGUGUGAGUCUUUGCAGAAGUUGAAGUCUUUUAAGAAGUAUAAAGAGAAAAAUGAGAUGGACGGAAAGUGCUAUACAGAUCAUUGUUAUUGAGAGUUAGUUUUUAUUGUAGAAGAUACUGAAUAAAACUGUCUACCUGUCUAUAUAUACCUGGGAGCGAGCGAGAGAGAGAGAGAGAGAGAGAGAGAGAGAGAGAGAGAG